CCAAACGCAUUGUCAAAGUGGAAAUGUCAAAAUGACCGUGUCAAUUCCCAUUUCAAAUUAUGCAGAACACUACUUCAAUCUCGAAAGCCAAACGAUCCAUCUACUCGAAUUUCAUCUACCCCACCGACAACAAUGACAGGAGGAUUAUCAACAAGACUGGAGACUUCAAAUCCUCUUCGGCGGGAUGUUUCUUGGACCGUACGCCGACAUUCGCGAAACAGCUGAAUGAGAAACUCGAAGCAUUGAAGAGAUUGCAAGAUUCUAGCACGCAGACCAGCAAGACCAUACUCCAACUGGCCAAGAUAGAAUCCGAGUGCAUGUCGCCGGAUAGUCUGAACCAAAGCCCGAAGAAUAAAACAACGAUCCUGAGGAACACGGACACGCAGACUAGCCUGGAGGCUAUGGAAUCUUCUGAGGGUUACGUGAGUUGCGAUAACGACAAAGUCUUCGAGUUGGUCGAGGGUAGAUCCUCUCAGCCGCCGCCAAAUUCAGCCAAUACAGAUGCGGAUGCUGUUCAGGCGGAGAACGAAGAAGUUCAGGUCACCAACACCAUCUACUUCGACGCUGGUACUGACACUCCGCCAGAUCUCAACCACCACCAAGCGACAACCUUAAUUCAGAGUAUGAGGGAGAGGUGCAGCACCCCAUUCGUGGAAACCUACCAUCCAAACUUCGUGCAAGAGGCCGACAAAAGUUGCUCCGUCACACCCUCCAACUUAUCUGAUCGGAUGGAAACCAACGGUAGGAUCACUAACUCAUCUUCGGUUUCUAGUACUCCGAGAUCUUCGACAAAAGGCAAGGUUACGUACAUGGCUCCCACAAUCUCCAGCGAAAAUAAAAAUGCACAGAACGUGAUAAGACAGCUUAAUCAGCUCUUCACCACGUCCAAGCGUGGCCGUUCUGCAAGCCCUAAAUGCAAGGCUAACAAUAAAGAAGUCAGAAAUAUACCUUAUGUCGAGCGCAGCCUCAGUACCGCUAGUUACGAUGCUUUCAAGGCUCAGAAAAAGUCUUUAUCCUCUUCGAAAUCCACCCCGUAUCAGAUGGAAGCUAGCGCCAAUUGUUCCUCAAUGGAUUUCUUCUUCAACAAGGAAACUAUCAGACGAGAAUCCGAAGAAAACUCCAGUGUUUAUAACGAAAAUAUUAUGAGCUCUCCGUUGGCGAAGAUAAAGGAUCAGGAUUGGAACAAAUGCAUACAGGGUCUCGCCGAGAUAAUUGACUGCUGCAGAAUGGUGGACGUUGAACUGAUCUUUCCCCAUAUGACCACCAUCAACCAGAAACUUAUUGAGCUCCUUCGGAGUCCUCGUUCGCACGUUUGUAGGACUGCUUGUCAAGCUGCUGGUCAUCUAUUCGAGUUUGUCAGGGAUACCAGAAGACCAGAAUUCGACGAAGUGGUCGAUCUGCUGCUGUUCAAAACAGCCGACGCGAACAAGUUCAUACGUCAAGAUGCCAAUCUGGCCUUGGACUGCAUGGUCACGCACAUCCCCACCGCACACGCUAUAAGGGCGUUAUGUUCAAAAGGACCUACCCACAAAAACUACCUCGUGCGUACCGCUACCGUUCGUUUGGUUGUCUGCGCAGUAGUCAUAGCCGGCUCAGAGAGCAUUUUGAACCCCAACAACAGCGAACAAACGAGAAAGAAGAUCUUUCAUCAUCUGCCAAAGUUCGUCGAAGACAAGAAUUUGGAGGUGAGAAAAUUCGGCGAACGGCUCUUCAAAGUGUUGUCCAAGGAAUUCAGAUUUGACCUAUAUUUGAAGAAAUACCUGGAUAAAGAAGAAAUUCUAAACAUGAGGAAAAACAUAAGGAAUAUAGCAUUCAAGAGUUAGCCUUUUUCGAUUGUUAUUUUUUCAAACUUGCGACAGCUUGAAAUGAAUUACUGAAGAUACGAAGUUAAGAAACAGAAACAGGUGAAAAGGACACAUACAAUAAAAAAGGGAUAUAUUUCCACACAUAAGGAACAACAUCAUCAAUAUACUUGUACAAUAAUAAAUGCCUCUGUUUUUCA